AACUCAGUCAGCCAGCAGCAGCGGCAGAAAACGUAAGAUUGAUGAGAUUUGACCCAUCGCUAAAUCUGAUCAUAAUUGUUUAUUGUUGUUAUUACUAUAACCAAGGGAUGGAGAAUGGACAGCUGGAAUUUGCAAUAUGAGGUAUGUCACAUGUGACUGGCGAUAUGGGACAAGAAGGGAGUAUACAAAUGUCAGAUGACACUUUCUCUCCAUAUAUUACUACAUUUACAUAACAGACAUUAUUGUCUGUUGGAUAUCAACCCUGACGAGGAAGGUGACAUUGGAAUCGUCAUGGAGUCACUAGAAACUACUGCAGAGGUGAAAGGCUCUAAAGAGGGUCUGGAAAAGACAGUUACACAGAGAAAGUGGGCAGCACCAGAGCCUAUGACUGCCCAAACUAAAAUAACCCCUACGGCUGAUUCUGAGGGGGAGGGGAGGCACUUAUGCCCACAACCUGAGGAGGACCAGAGUAGAACCACAUGUGGUUCAACAGAAAGGUCUGACUCAGGGAAACUAAGACUAUUAGAAGGGAAAUCACUACGCCAAUUACAGGAUCAACCCUCCAGUCAUCCUCAUUACAAUGUAUUAACCUCGUAUCCACCACAGGAGAGACAGACCGUUCCCUUUGCUAGACAGAAAACGGCAGAUCACUUGGUUUCUGCGCUGCCACUAUCCCAUGGAAGCUGUGCAGGGCCCUCUCUUCAGAGGAGCUCCCCCAGUUUACCUACGUCUCUCCAACACUGUUCCCAGUCAGGGAUAGAGGAGCUAUCCAAGGACGUGUGUAGUAAGAUGGAGCAGAAACAGCAGCAGAGGCCUGGGAAGUAUGUUUGUGAUUAUUGUGGGAGGGCAUGUGCCAAACCCAGCGUACUUAAAAAGCAUAUCCGCUCACAUACUGGGGAGCGACCCUACCCCUGCGUUCCCUGCGGCUUCUCUUUCAAAACCAAGAGCAAUUUAUACAAACACAGAAAAUCUCAUGCUCACUCUGUCAAAGCUGGGACAGUGCCAAUUUCAGAACUGGGUUCUUACAAUGCCAACAUGGAGGACCAGGGAUCUUUAGAAGGAGAAGGAGAGUUAUACUCUGAUACUGAGCAGAGCUCUGACACGGAUGAGGACGAUUCAUCGCUCUUGGACUCUGUAUCAGUCGAGGAACCAGAUAGCACCACUGCUGUAAAAGUACUGAAUCUCAUUGCCCAGAAACAGGGAGUUACAUCAACAUUAUCUGAGGAGCGUUCAUCCAGUCUCCCAGAGAUCAAUGGUGCUCAAGCUCCAGCUGUUUCUCAGGUCAGCCGUGCAAUUCAAUCUAGCGCCAUCAAGCAGAGACUGGCACUCCGGCUCUCAGAGAAAAGGAGCAGUGACACUGACACAUCUCUCUCCCUGCCUAGCCAGGGAAGCAAAAGCAGCACAGACUCAGGCUACUUCUCACGCUCUGAGAGCGCAGAACACCAAACCAGUGGUCCUCCCAACACAAAUGCAAAGUCCUAUCAAGAGAUUAUGUUUGGGAAGUGUUACAAACCGAACCCGAAACAGGCCAUAACUGUUGUGACUUGCACUACAGACUUAAUAAGUGAUCGUAAGUCUUCGGAGCGAGGUGUUUCCCGUGUAUUCACACAAGAAAAGGAAUCAAUGAUUGAAUCGAUUAGAAUAAACACACGUUCAUUUACAAGGGAAGGAAUUAAGGAGGCUCAACUAGAGCUCUCUGAUUCUGGACAGCUGGUGCGGAGCAACUCGAUGCCCACGUCCUCGGCUGCGUGUCUGGACAUGCCACAAGGCCUGCGAGGCAGCCACUCCUUUGAUGAGAGGGCGUCCCCUGGAGGUAUUAGGAGACUUAGGAGACAGGCUGCCUUUGAACACUCUGCACAUGAUGGAAACACAGAACUUCCUGACCACUAUGGAAACAUCUCUGAUAUUUCCAACCUUGGAGUAGAGACGGAAUGUGCGACGAGGAAACGACGGAAGGAAAAAUGUGUUAGGGAGGAGGAAGAUGUAGGAGGCCAGUAUCACACAGACUAUGGCCACUCUGAAGAGAUGAGGGACAAUGAUUCAAAGCAAGUCUCUCAAGGUGCUCUAACCACUACUACUUCAGUGAAAGGACAUGCCCAAAGCGUGCAUACACAGAAUAGACUGGACAUGGAAAUGUGGGAAGACACCACAGAGAGGAGAACUUUAGGUAAUGUCAUCUCUGUGAUUCAACACACAAACUCCCUAAGCAGGUCUCACUCUGACGAGUCUUACAACUACCAGAGACAGGAAAAGCCUUCCUCAAUGAAAGUGGUGGAGCAAACCGAAACUCGUGAGAUGCGUAAAAGGACUGAGAUCUUUGCACACCAGUUGAGUGACAGUAGAUUGUUAGAUCAAUCAUAUCAAAUGACACCUAAGCUAGUCCGUCAGUCCAACAUACAGGUCCCAGAGAUCAGGGUGACUGUAGAACCUGACAGUCCAGAGAAAGAGAAAGCAGCUGAGGUAAAACAGGUGAAGGCGAAGGAGCCCGAUAGACAUGUAGAGGAGUUCCAAUGGCCUCAAAGAAGUGAAACUCUGUCUCAAUUCCCUCCAGAAAAACUCCCUCCAAAGAAGAAGAGACUGCGCUUAGCUGACUUGGAGCACUCCUCUGGUGAGUCUAGCUUUGGAUCGACCUGUACGAGCCUCUCCCGAAGCCCCAGUCAGGACAGCAACCUAUCCUACUGCUCCACCUUCUCGUUUGACCGAGAAGAGAGAGAGCGAGAGCUGAUCCCCAAGCCAGCUUCCCCGGCUGCUAGACAGGAUGAGUUUGGAAAAGCGUUGGAGUUCUUAUCUGUGCCAGGAAGCGGCCACUCCCUCUCUGUCCUGAACCAGCGUCAACAACAUGAAAUGAGACGCUCCUCUUCAGAACAGGCAGCGUGCAACUCUCAGCGUAGAGAGCUCCCAGAGGUUCGCAGUGUAUCGUUUGACUACGGCAGUCUCUCUCCAAUGGCCAAAGUUAGACAUGCGGAACUCGGCGCCAGUUACUCAGAACCCAGACGGAGUAACUUGGUAAGACAGGCGUCCUUGAAUGUUGACCCUGAAUUUACACAUCCAGUCCUUCCGCUAAAUAUUCUUCCUCAGUACUUCAGAAAUGCCCUGUCGUUCUCAGCCACUGCUCUGCUCUCUCAGUCUCUGCCAAUGUUUGCCCCUCAGCCACCACACUCCGGUCUCCUAGUUCCUGUUAGAAUACAGACUCACGUGCCGUCUUACGGUAGCAUUACGUACACCACUGUGUCACAGGUUGUAUAUGAUCCAUAUGAAAACUCUCUCACUUCUCACUUUGCACAUUUAUCCACAAAUUUAGAUGCAUCUAAAGCAUUAUUAGGACACCCCCGAGGACUGUUGACCAACCCAGCCCAGGUUCAAGUUCUAGAUAUGUCACCAGCUAAGCUCAAGACAGGCAUCCCUCUCUCCCUGACCUCCAGGACUAUCUCCACCACCAACUGUGGAUCCAGUGGUGGAUCCAACAAGCGCAUGCUAUCGCCAGCCAGCAGCUUGGACCUGUUAAUGGAGGUAAAACAGCAGAAACGCGUCAAAGAAGAGAAAAUGUACGGUGAGAUAGUGGAGGAGUUGGGUGCUGUAGAGUUAGGGAAUUGUAAUGUGACCGAAGAGAGCAAGUACAGUUUAAAGACAGAGUUUAAAAGUGACACCAACCAGGGAGCAUCACUGUCAGGCCUUCCUUCUAUAUCCUCUUUGUCUGUGCCAUCCUCACUUCAUUCUCAAGACGAGCCAGCAAGUGGAAGCUUCAGCUCACCUCAGCAACAAGGGUCAGAAUGUCCUCAUUCCCAUAUGGAUAGCUCCCCAACCGAAACAAGCCUACAUCCACCCUCUCUGCUUUCUCUAAAUGAUUUCAAAGAGUCUGGCAUGGACAGCAAGGCACAUAUGGACAUGCUGGUGCAGUUAGUCAAAGGUCAGGGCAUCCUCAUCUCUGACGGUGAAAACACCAAACUGAUAUCUCAGUUUCCAAGUCUUCGCACAACGACAGGUGUGAGUUGGUGCUAUCUGAACUACACCAAGCCAAACAGCACUCACUACACCUCUCCUAUGUCCUCUGUGUACACUAUGUGGUGCGUCAGUUCCCAUAACCCCAACCCUCCUAACCUCAACACCAGUGCAACCCUGGCUCUGCUCUGCUCCAAACAGAAGACUAACACAUGGGUGUACACCAUGGCUGCCAUGUACCAACCUGGGACUGGGAAACUGGUCUCCUCCAAGCAGAGGUUUGAGCUGCUACAGAGCAAACCGGAGCUCAAAGAGCUGGAUGUGAUCUCCUAUGGAAGGAAAGUGAAGGAUGCCAGCUGCAGGGUAAAAGCAGCGAAGGAGGACUGGAAAGACAUGGAGGUCUCCUCGAAACAAACAGCAGUGCUAACACCAACCCAGAUCAAAAUCUUUGAAGGAGGGUUCAAGUCCAAUGAGGACUAUGUGUACGUGAGGGGCAGAGGCCGAGGAAAGUAUAUUUGUGAGGAGUGUGGCAUCCGCUGUAAGAAACCUAGUAUGCUAAAGAAACAUAUACGCACCCACACUGACGUCAGACCCUACGUUUGCAGGGUCUGCAACUUCGCUUUCAAAACAAAAGGAAACCUGACCAAGCAUAUGAAGUCAAAGGCUCACAUGAAGAAGUGUCUUGAGCUUGGGGUGUCAGUCAUAGUGGAUGAUACAGAGACACAUGAAUCUGAUGACGUCCAACAACACUCGAAGACCGGGGUCUUGAGCUCAGCCAAACACCAGUUCUCAGAUGCAGACGACUCCGAUGGCAUGGAUGAAGAGAUAGAUGACAUCGACGAAGAUGACGAUGAUGACUACGACGGUGGCUCCACUCCAAAGAUCCGCUCUCGGAGCACCAGCCCUCAGCCCUGUGGCAUAGCCUCUCUGUCGGUCACCCAGAGUGUGUCGUCAGCUCUCCAUGGCUGUACCCUCAGUACCUUCCGUUCUCUCCCCAGCUGCCUCACCAACUCCAUCGUGCCUGGCAUCGAUGUCCAUCCCCAUCCCUCCAUCUCAGGCAGGAGGACAGGGCCAGACCGGAGGACUGUCUUGGCCUCCAGCCUGGACAAGGAGCAGAGUGAGAGAGAGAGGCUUGUGGAUGAGGACUGUAGCCUGGCCAUGCUGUCUCCUGACCAGGGUUGUCUGUUCUUCGACCACACCUGUCUGCUGUCCCCUGGCUGGGAGUCCCCUCUGAGGGAACCGUCCCCCUCCCGGCUCUGCUACCCAUCACCCCGUAGAGACCUCUCCCCCCGGGGUCGCUCCUCACCUCGAUGGGACACCUCCCAGCUGAGGCCCAGCUCCCCCAACCUCACCCCCAUCCAGCACCUCUCCCCGGUCUGCAUGGAGAGGCCCCUGUCCACAGGCGGAGUGGACCUGGCUGGGAGGAGGGAGCCAUCGGCCCGGGGCAGACAGAGGGUGGUGCUGAGGGCUGUGUCUCCACGUAGAGGGGGCUCACAACAGAGAGGGUCUGGCGAUAAAACCAGGCAGCAAGCCAAGGCUGAACUGGUCCACAAGGGAGGAGCCAUUGAAAUGGAUUUGGAUCAGAGGAGAAGCAUGCCCCCCAGCCUGCCUGGUCCCUCCAGCUCCAGUUGUACCCAUCAGAACCUCCUCAGCCACCUUCCCCUACACUCCCAGCAGCAGGCUCGAACUCUUCUCCCCAUGGUCCCUAUCGGGGGGAUCCAGGUACUGCGCACUUUGCCCUCCUGCAGCUCUGACCGGACCCAUCUGUCAGCCCUGUCCCCUCAGAAGACUGAGCAACACCAGGACAGCACUAAGGAGGGAUCUGUCUGCGUAGCGGGCCCAGGUGCAGAGGACUCAGUAGCCCAGCAGCAGGAGAAGGAACGGGAAAGGGAGAGGCCGUCCCCCUACCAGACACCCUGGGACUCUGAGGAGGAGAAAGACCCUGUCUCUGUCCUCACGGUUAGGGACCCUAAGCAGGAAGAGGGUCUUCAGACCUGCACCAAGGCCAUCGCCUCCCUCAGGAUCACUUCUGAGGAGCAUCUAUAGACUGGGGUUGCAUACCAAAUGGCACACAAUUCCCUAUAUAGUGCACUACUUUUGACCAGGGGCCCAUAGGGCU